AUGGGGAAUCAAGUUGAUAACAAGUUCACUUGGGUGAUAAAUAAUUUUUACUCUUUCCAAUCUGAAAAAAUCUAUUCUGAUCCAUUUGUGAUCGGUGGCUGCAGAUGGCGUCUUGUGGCCUUUCCCAAAGGAUUUUAUAAGGAUAAUAACUUGUCUCUGUAUCUCGAAGUAACUGAUUUUGAAUCUUUGCCUUCGGGAUGGAGAAGGAACGUAGAAUUCUCGAUAACUAUAGUAAAUCAAUUUAUGGAGUCGUACUCACGAGUGAAAGGAAAACAAGUGUGGUUUCACGAGAAGGAACCAGACUUGGGUUUUACAUUCACGUUUCCCCUUGGCAGACUUCAUGCCAAAAAAGCUGGGUUUUUAAUGAACGAUCAAAUCAAGAUUGUUGCGGAGGUAGAUGUUCUUGAUGUUAUUGGCAAAUUAGAUGUACCAGAAGAGGCUGAGGAGGCAAUCCAACCUCUGGAAAAUUUAAAGUUGAAUGAUGAUAAUAUUGCGGUGUCUAGUGAUUUGCUUAAGGAAACUCCAACAAGUUGGGUGGAUGUCAAUGGGUUUCAAGUUCUUUCUUCACAGGUGGAUUUUGCGAGGCGUGUCUUUGAAAAACACCCAGAGAUUGCAUUAGAAAUCCGUACAAAGAACAAAGAUCUGAGAACGUCAUACAUGAAUCUCCUCCUCAGCGUAAUCAAGAUGCUUGUCAAAUGGCCUCAGUACCCCUCCACGGAUGAUUUGUAUGAUGCAGAAGCUGCUUUGGCAUACAUGAAAAUUGUAGGGUUUAAGUUCGAUUGGUUGGAGAAGAAACUUGAUCAAGUAAAAGAAAAGAAGAAAAAAUGUGCCCGGGGCGCGUGA